GGAUGAGCAGUUUGGUAAUCAGAAAAGUUCAUCUCUUUGUAUAUGUACUGAAACAAGAAUUGCAAUAUUAGUGAAGCCAAUCAAAACAAGGACAUAAAUGUUCGUCUUGGAGAAAAGUUCUCAACUUUCCAGGUUUUUGCCAAGAUCAAGAGCAGAACCAGAGGUUUCGGAUUCUUACAUCGUACCUAAAUCUAGUUUCAUAUGGUCCCAUAUCCACCCUCUCUCGCUCCUCGGUCGGACCUCUACAUCCACCUCCUGCAAAAAUCCCUCAAAUCAAAUGAUCUCUUCACUGCGCAAUCCGUUCAUGGCCGAAUCAUCAAAUCGGGUCUUGUUUUCAGCGUUUUCCUGAUGAACAACCUCAUGAACUUCUACUCCAAGACUGGUUACGCCAUUGAUGCGCGCAAACUGUUCGACGAAAUGCCCCUGAGAACUGCUUUCUCCUGGAACACGGUUCUUUCUGCUUAUGCUAAACGAGGAGAAAUGGACGCUGCGCAUGAGAUUUUCGAUAAGUUGCCUCACAUGGAUUCUGUCUCGUGGACAACAAUGGUUGUGGGGUAUAAAAAAUCGGGUCGAUAUGGGAAGGCUAUAAGCGUGAUGGGGAAGAUGAUAAGGGAAGGAAUUUUGCCGACCCAGUUCACGCUUACGGGUGUUCUUGCAUCAGUUGCCGCCAUUGAUGGACUGGAGAUAGGUAGAAAGGUUCAUUCUUUGGCUGUCAAGCUCGGUCUUAGCGGCAGCAUUUCUGUGGCGAAUUCUUUGCUCAAUAUGUAUGCAAAGUGCGGCGAUCCCAUGAUGGCAAAAGUUGUUUUCGACAGAAUGAUUUCGAGGGACAUCUCGAGCUGGAACGCUAUGAUUGCAUUGCAUAUGCAGUUUGGUCGGAUGGAUCUUGCUCUUGCUCAGUUCGAGCAAAUGUCUGAGCGAGAUAUCAUCACAUGGAAUUCCAUGAUUUCUGGUUACAAUCGCCAUCGGUGUGAUCUCGAAGCUCUAAAGAUAUUUUCGAAGAUGGUGACAGAUUCUUCUUUGUCACCAGAUAGAUUCACAUUCGCGAGCGUGUUAUCUGCUUGUGCCAAUCUCGAGAAGCUUGAUUCCGGGAAACAGAUCCACGGGCAUAUUAUCAGAACCGAGUUUGAUCUUUCAGGGGUCGUGGAAAACGCCUUGAUCUCGAUGUAUUCCAAGUCUGGAGGCGUCGAGACUGCUCGAAGAAUCGUUGAACAAAAAGGAAGCUCAGAUCUCAAAAUCGAAGCUUUCACAGCUUUACUUGACGGUUACAUCAAGCUCGGGGAUAUAAACCCGGCUAGAACGUUAUUCGAUUCGCUGAGAGAUCGAGACGUAAUCGCAUGGACCGCCAUGAUCGUCGGAUACGAACAGCACGGAUUGUAUGUUGAAGCUUUAAGCCUUUUCAGAUCAAUGGUUGCAGAAGGGCAAAGACCCAACAGUUACACAUUUGCAGCAAUGUUAAGUGUAACUUCAAGCUUGGCAUCCAUUGGCCAUGGCAAGCAAAUCCAUGCGAGUGCUAUAAGAUCAGGUGAAGUCUAUUCGGUUUCUGCGAGCAAUGCUUUGAUCACGAUGUACGCAAAGACGGGAAACAUAGCUUUGGCGAGACGGGUAUUUAACUCGAUACCCGGGAAAAGAGAUACAGUAUCUUGGACCUCCAUGAUUAUAGCCUUUGCACAGCAUGGCCAUGGAGAAGAAGCGCUAGAGAUCUUUGAGAAAAUGCUGACGGAGGAGGGAUUACGACCCGAUCACAUAACCUACGUCGGCGUUCUCUCGGCCUGUACUCAUGUAGGGAUGGUAGAUCGGGGUCGUUGGUAUUUCAGAAUGAUGAAGGAGUUGCAUAGAAUCGAACCGACCCUUAGCCACUACGCUAGCAUGGUCGACCUGCUUGGACGAGCGGGUUUAUUGCGCGAAGCACGGGAAUUCGUCGAGAAAAUGCCGAUCGAGCCGGAUGCAGUCACUUGGGGGGCACUCCUCUCGGCUUGCAGGGUCCACAAGAAUGUAGAGCUCGGGAAAUUUGCAGGGGAGAGGCUUCUUCUGAUCGAGCCGGACAACAGCGGAGCAUACUUAGCCAUGGCUAACUUAUACUCAGCUUGUGGAAAAUGGGACGAAGCGGCAAAGGUAAGAAAGACGAUGAAGGAAGGAAGAGUGAAGAAGGAUAAAGGGUUAAGCUGGAUAGAAGUGAAACACAAAGUCCAUGUCUUUGGAGUGGAAGACAAUGCUCAUCCGGACAAGGACGAGAUCUACAGAGCCAUUGGAAAGAUAUGGGAGGAAAUCAAGAAGAUGGGUUUCUUGCCCGACACGGCAUCUGUCUUGCAUGACCUAGAAGAAGAGGUGAAGGAGGAGAUUCUGAAACACCAUAGCGAGAAGCUUGCCAUUGCGUUCGGGCUGAUAAGUACUCCGGACAGGACCACUUUGACGGUAAUGAAGAAUCUGAGAGUGUGUAAUGACUGUCACUCGGCCAUUAAGUUCAUCUCCAAGCUUGUGGGAAGGGAGAUAGUGUUGAGAGAUCCGACACGGUUCCACCAUUUCAGGGAUGGGUUGUGUUCUUGUCGGGAUUACUGGUGAUUUUGUCUUAACAAAAAAUAAAUCGAAAGAUUAUUUGAUAAUUUUCUGGAAAUAUGAUUUAGAAAGGAAGCUCCAACGGAAGCAUGGAUGCCAUUUGGGUUUCAUGAUGUAAAUUCUAAAUAGCUACGUA